ACUGUCUGCAACGCACGUUAUCAGCCUUCUUCCUCCUUUCCUUUUUCUCCAUCAUCUUCCUCGCGCAGGAGGAAGAGGGACAGAGAAACAGUGGUGGUGGGGGUUGGGGUUGUCUCUCAUCCCUCUCUAUAAAUAGGAGCAAAUAGGUCGUCAGCAGGAGACAUAACCGCCCUCGUUCGCCGACUGCCAUUACUUUAAUCUCUUCUUCUUCUUCACAUUACCACUAUAAAAAGGCCUCCCUCCUCAUCAUACAACAAGCUUUCUCCGUUCUUCCGACACUUCCGUUUGCAAAGAGUUGUUCAGAAUCGAACUCUCUCUCUCUCUCUCUCUCUCUCUCUCUCUCUCUCUCAUGCGGAGAUCAAUGGCUUCCUUUAGCCGGGUCAGCGUCUUCCUCUUAUGCAUCCUCGUCCACUGCUCAGGCGUUCUUUCGGCUACAUUCACGCUCACCAACAACUGCCCUUACACGAUAUGGCCGGGCAUACUCGCGAAUGCAGGGACGUCGCCGCUGUCGACCACCGGCUUCGAGCUUGACCAGGGGGCGUCGACGACACUGACGGCGCCCAGCACGUGGUCGGGCCGGUUCUGGGCCCGGUCCCACUGCACGACGGACUCGAACGGAAAGUUCACCUGCGUGACCGGCGACUGCGGCUCCGGCACCCUGGAGUGUUCCGGCGGUGGCGCAGCCCCACCGGCCACCUUGGCGGAGUUCACACUGGGGAACGGCGCCCUCGACUUCUACGACGUGAGCUUGGUGGACGGGUUCAACCUGCCGAUGCUGGUGACGCCGCAGGGCGGAUCAGGCAACUGCACGGCCACGGGCUGCCUGGUGGACCUCAACGGGCUAUGCCCGUCGAUGCUGCGGGUGGCGUCGGCCGGGGACAGUGUCGUCGCCUGCAAGAGCGCGUGCGAGGCCUUCGGCGACCCGCAGUACUGCUGCAGCGGCAGCUACGGCAACCCCAACACCUGCAAGCCCACUCCUUACUCCCAGUUCUUCAAGAACGCCUGCCCCCGAGCCUACAGCUACGCCUACGACGACGGCACCAGCACCUUCACCUGCACCUCCGCCGACUACACCAUCACCUUCUGCCCUUCCAUCCCAAGUCAGAAAUCGGCGCGCCCGCAGGACCCGGAGGCCGCCGGCCUGCCGUUGAUCAACAACACGAUGAUAUUCUCCGGCGUGCCGGAUUCCGACACGACAAGCGGGGCCCCGCCCCGGUGGGGUCGUGGGCUCGGUCUGCCCUUGUUGGUGGCUGCGGCUGUUUCCUUGCUGGUACUAUUGCUGCUAUAGAGCGCCGAUGGCAGCCGAGGUGCACGGAGGACCAACCCUACGGCGGUAAACGUCCGUGGCGGGCGGUGGCGGGGAAUUCGGAUCUCCCUCGUGUUCUAUCUCUCCUCGUUUCUUCUUGCGGCGGCGUGACGUCAAGCGGCGGUUGCUUUCAGAAGGGCGCGACGAGGGGCUGUGUGGGGAAGGGAAGAAGCGGCUUCAUUUUGUUAUUCUUCCCCUUUUUGUGGCUGACCUUAGUUGGUUAUUCGUUUUUAUUCAUUCAUACGUCGUGUAUAAUAUUUAAUGUUUCUUCGAUAUUGUAUUCGUAUGCAAUGAGAGAAAGCAGAUGGGAUGAUGAUGGAAAGAAAAUGAGAGAAUCCUGUAUGCGUGUGUGUGUAUGAGGGUGUUAAAUGGGUGAUGAAAUUUAAUGGUCAAUAUCAAUUUUAAGCAA